UCCAUUUGGCGUUUUAAUUGGGCAGCGGGUGCAAUUGUUUGCGCCGAGUGUGUGUCUGCGUCUGUGGGCAGUCGCUUAGUAAAUAUUAGUUUCUUUUUUUUUCCAUUUUUUUGUUUUUGUUUUUUUGUGCUUUCCCAAAAAAAUCAAAAAUAAAAACUGCACUGGCGCGCGCUUGUGUGUGUGUGUGUGUGUCUGUGUGUUAAGCUGCAUGUGAACUAACAGGAAACAACGAGCAAUUAAACAAACGACGUUAACGCGGUCGCAGACGCAGUCGCAGUCACCGCCGCAGUCGCCGCCACAGUCGCAGUCGCAGUUGCCGUCGCUGUUAGAACCAUGAAGCCCAAGACUCGCUAAUUGAGGUCGUCGCUAGAUUUCGCAGCGAACAAAUCGCACGCCAUUUUGUAGUAUGCUUCAGAAAUAUUACGAAACAUUCUAGAGAAAGAGAGAGGCGAACAACAACAAGAGCAAACGAUCAAAAGGAAAAAGCAAGAGGAACAGUUGGAAACAGAAACGGAAACGGAAAUAGAACAAGUUGAAAACUAGUGAAAACACGCAGCAAGCAGCCUGAACGAAAGUGAGAGAGAGCGAGAGAGAGAGAGAGAGAGAGAGAGAGAGAGCAAGUGUGCGAGCCAGCCACGCCCCAAAGAUGAGCAGCAUGAAGGGCGGCUUCAGCACACUCAAUCGCUGGUUUGGCCGCAAAAAGGACAAAUCGGGCGUCGGGAGCGCCAACGGGAAGCUAUCGAAAUCGACAACACAGCUGCACCAUCUGUCCACGGAUCAGGGCAUGCACAUCAAUGAGGCUAGUCAGCUGGAUUAUAAUCGGAUCACGCCGCUGCCGGCGGCGACCAGCAAUGCACCCUUCGAGCAGACCUUUCGCAUAACCGUGCUCCUGCCCAAGGAUCAGCUCUAUGUGACCCGACUGGGCGCCCGUGUGCCACUCAGCAAACUGCUCUCCCUGGUCUGUGACAACAAACAAUUGGAUGCCGAUAAAUACGAGUUUCGCAAUCCAGUGGACGCUAGUCAGGUGUACAGCUGCGAGUCGACGAUCGGCGCGGUGGGCCUGUCGGAGAUCCGUUUGUGCCACAAGUCGGAGUCGUACGACAGCUUCAACGCUGACUCUAUGCUCAAGUUCCAGCGCACGGCCGCGGCGCGGGACUCGAUGAGCAGCAGCUCGGAGUUCAGCAGCAGCCGGCACUCGCACAGCCAUUCGCACUCGAAGCUGGCGGCCAAGACGCCCAGCCCGUACAGCUCGAGCAACUCGCUCAAUUCGAUGGACUCCACGGGCAUGAACUAUACGCGCACGCCCGUCGUGCCGCCCAAGGCCCUCGCGCUGGCCCCGCCGCCGCGCAAGAAGCGCCUGGCCCCACGCCCCCCCAGCCAGCUGGUCAUCCCGGAGCAGUCCGUGGCGCAGUUCAGCGCGACGCCGGCGACGCCCACGGAGCCCGCGUAUGCGGUCAUUGUGAAGCGUCCGCAGCUGUGCAUGUCCACGCCCAAUUUGGCCAGCACGCCGGAGCUGGAUGCGGAAACGGAAACGGAGCCCUCGCUGGAGCUCGACUGCAACGGGAACAGCGCCAAGACGCCAGAUGCCGCCGAUUGCGGACACUAUGCCACAGUCGAACUCAAGCCGAGUCCAAUGCCGGCUCUGCCGGAGCCGACGCCGCGCAAGCGUCUGCUGCAGCUGAAGAAGAAGGCGGCACCCGCACCGCCGCCCGAUCUGGCCGCUGCCGGAGCAACAGCAGCAGCUGCGGACAGCAUAUCGCUGGCCUCUACAACGGCCUCCAUGACGGAAGUGUUGGCUCCGCCGGCCCAGCCGCAGCCGGCGCCCCGAAUCACCACGCCCAUACCCAUGGCAAUGACUACAGCCACGCCUCCGAGCCAAGAGGUGGGCGAGAAGGCGCCGGCAUUGCCGACCAGCGCGGCGCCACAGCUGCCCAGCAAUGGCAAUCAGAAUGUGUCCAAGGUGCUGCUGAAUCGCACGCCGACGCCGACGCCCACGCCGGAACCGCGCUCGCUGGGCAGCGCCACGGAGGAGGAGGAGGAGGAGGAAGAGGAGGACAACAACGAUGCCGCCUCCAAGCAGGCUGACUCGGGCAUAGGCGAGCCGCUGCCAUCGAGCACGCCCUCACCCGAGCCGGAGACGGAGACGGAGUCACAGCAGCUGGCCGCUCGUAAAUGCCAGAUCGAGUCCAGCUCGGAGGACGAGGAGGCCAUCAAGGUGUACAAUUUCAAGACCUCCUGCGAGAGCUCUCUCAAGACCAAGCAGCAGCAGCAGCAGCAGCUGCCGGCAGCGCCCACAACGCUCGCCGAGCUGAACGUGCUGACGGCCCAACAGCCCGAGACGGAGGACGAGCUGACCGCCGAGGAGCAGCAGUCGCCGCGGGCGAAUGGUGCCUCAACAUCGGCCUCGGCGACGCCCAGCAGCGCCAGCGAGCUAACCUCGCUGUCGUCGUGGAACUAUGCGGUGCCCAUAUCGCCGCCGCCGGACUUCUCGGAUGGCACACAGGCGCAGACGCGCCCCAGAAGCACGGCCAGCACGCCGCUGGACGAGAUUGUCGACGAGCUGUCGACCAUCAUACAGCAGCAGCGUCUCGACACGCUCAUCCGCCAGACGCCCGACCAGCCGCAAAUCGAGGCGGCCAAGCCGAAUCGCUUGGCCAACUUCAGCAUAGCCGCAAUCGGAAAUGGAACUGGAAAUGGAAUUGGAACUGGGAAUGGAACUGGGAAUGGCUUGAGCAUGGCCAGGAGCAGCUCCGGCAGUAGCAACAGCUCGCCGACCAUCACGCGCGCCGACUCCUUCCAGGCGUCGUCCACCUCGCCGAGGCACAGCGGCCUGGGCCUGCGGCUGCGCAGCUCCUCGCAGCUAUCCCUGAACCGGGUCGAGCUGAACGGCAAUGGGAGCCUGCAGCAGCAGCAGCGACGCUCCUCCAGCGAGCUGAGCAUCGCCGAGUCGCCGUCGCUGCAGAGCCUCGAGCUGAUCAAGAACAUACUGAGCAGUUCGCGCAAGAACAGCCUGGCGGAUGGCCAGACGGAGCAGCAACAGCAGCAACUGGAACAGUCAGAGAAACCAAAGAGUAGCCCACAAGCGACCACAGUCGCGUCCACAGUCGCGACCACAGUCGUGUCCACAGUGGCGCCCACAGUGGCGUCCACAGCUGCCAAGCCCCUGGUCACCGUUGCGUCCACGCCCGCAAGCGCCUCCGGCCUGGACUCGACCGACGACUCGGCCCGCUGCAGCCCAGUUCGGGAACUGUCAGCCAGAACUGUCGUCAGGCCCGAGCCCGAGCCCAAGCCCGAGCGGAAGCCGCUGCCGCCGACCUAUCGCUACUCCGGACCGCCCAGCAUUAACUUUGCCACUUGGAGCGAGCGGCCCAAAUCGCAGGUGGCCAUCAAGAACGAGGGCGACUAUAUCUAUGGCGGCGCCAAAGCAGCGCCAGCCAGUGCAGCCCCGGUCAAGCUGACCAUUGAGGUGGCCUCGCCCAUACUGCGCAUGGGUAUUCCGCGCAAGGAAUACCAUGUGCCCAUCACAGUCAAGCCGCUGCGCGAUGCCAGCCAGGAGCGAGAGCGGGAGCGGCAGCGUGACAACCAGACCGAAAUGAAGCAGGAGCCGAGGCAGGAGGAGAAACAUGUGGAGAAGCAGGAGCCGAAACAGGAGCUAAUACGCGAGCUUGUGAAGCCCUCGACGCUGCCGCGUCCGGCGAGAAGCAAUCGCUAUACGCUGCCCGCUGGCGUUCCGGUUGCCGGCGGCGUUACGACCAAUUCGCUGCCCCGACCCAUUGCCACGCUGGACAAGGAGCGGGAGUGGGAGAGGGAGAGGGAGAAGGAUAAGGAGAGGGCUUCGAUGCAUGCGGAGCCAGCGGCGGCGCCUUUCGGACAGAAUACGCUGCGGCGCACGGGCUUCAAGGAGCGCAUGCUGGCCAAGGAGCAACAGGAGAAGGAGCAGGCGCUGCGUGUCCGCGUCUCAGUCAAUGGCAUGGCCACGCCCACAUCCACACCAACGCCCACAACAAACACAGCAGCAGCAGCAGCGACGUCGCCGUCAACGAUCAUGCGCAGCAGCAAACUGGAGCUGAAGCUGGAAACGGAGGCGACACCGGCGCUGCUGCAAGUGAAGCUGCGACCCACCAGCCAGAUGACCACCACCAGGAGCACGCCCACGCCCACGCCCAUGCCGCCAGCGCCGCCGGCGCCACCAAUGCUGGCCAAGGCGAGGCCCGUGCGCAGCGGGACGGCCAUGACGCCGACGACGCCGGAUCCGCGCGACCAGCUCCUGGAGGCGAUACGCAACUUUAAGCGCGGCGAGCUAAAUCGCGCCUGAGCCCAAAUGGAGAGGAAGAAGAUGAAGAAGCAGCGGGAGCGGAAUCAGUAUAAGGAGCAUAAGGAAUACAGAGAGAGAGAGAGAGAGAGAGGGGGAGAGAGAGAGAGAGAGAACCGAAACGAAAUGCACAAAGCGAAUGCGCAAAUUUUUCAAUGGAAAUCCAAUUUUUAUUUGUAUUUUUAUUUUCUUUUGAUUUCCUGUCACAUUAUCUUUUGCUUUUAUUUUAAUUAUUAUUAUUUUUAUUCUACAUAUUAUUAUUUUGUGUAAAUGUAAAUAAUUAACAAGUGCGUAUGCAAA